AUGGAGGAAUUUGAUAUCUCUGGUGAUUCUCAAAUAGUUGAGACAGAGUUUGUCAAUGGAAUCUCAAAAUGGAUUAAUCCAGCUAAGCCCUCUGCCAACGAUAACAGUCAUGAACAUAAAUCGUUUUUUAGAAGAAAUCCCAAGAAUGAGAAAACUAAGGAAGACCAGAAGAGGCCGGUGGAGAAGAAAAAGAAGGCUAACGGUGCUGAUAAAUCUUGGACGAAUCUCGUGAAAGCUGCUUAUCUAUUAAUUCUAGGUACUGGCAUUACAGUUUUGCUUGCAGUGCCCCCUCAUACAAACUAUGCAAGAAUUCUCUACUGCUGCAAGCAUCCCUUCAUUCUUAACCUCGUAUGUUUGAUACCCUGGGCCACAAACUACAAACUAGCACUGAGAUCAGUAACUUCUGCCAGAGAGAAGACAGAUAAUGCCAUAUCUUUAACACUUUCUGAGGAGGCUGACUCAGUGUCUAGGUGGGAAGCUGACAUAUAUAAGUCACUCAAGAGGCUUAGCAGCACAAUUGUCCACUGUGGCCGCAAUGAUUUUGAAUGUAAACUGGAAGCUCCUGUUCAAGUUCAUAAGUGGGUGGGUGCUUACCAUAGUCUUCUGUUCUGGGGUUGCUUAUGCCAUCUUGUCAGUGUCUAUUCACUCCCCAGCCUAUGUGGUGCCCUGAAUCUGUCUCAAUCUGAUUCAUGA